AUGUAUUUGUCAAGAGACCCUAAGUCUCUAUCAUACGAGCAUAAGUCUUUGUCAUCUGUUAGCAUCAUGUUAGAGGUGCAAAGGUACUGCUCGGUUUUCAAAGACGAACCUUUCAGCAAAUUUCUAAGAUGGUGCACUGUACAAAAGUUAGCGUUUCUAGACACAGCAGUUAAAAGAAAAUACAAAGCGUUACCAACGAAAUCUUCAUUACGAGGCAUAUACGUCUUAAAAGACUGUUUUAAAGUUAUCACAGAUGUAUUAUUAGAAGAAAUUGCUAGCUUAUCCGAAAGAUGUAAACAGUAUAUUUCUAAGUUGACAGCCGUUUAUGUCGAUACCGUAGACAGUGAUCGGGGCAUGACACUUAGGUUAUUGCCGAAAGUCGAAAACAAUGGGGAGCAAUAG